AUGACAAACCCACCGCGCGCCUUCAACUCAUACCCUUCUUCCCCAACUACCCAGCAAAGAUGGUACAAGGCCCUCACCAUUGAUGUCCUGCUCGCCGUCCUCAACCGCACCAUCCUCCACCCCUGGGUGGCGUGGAUCCUAGUCCUCAGCCUUCGUGCCCAAGUCACUCCCUACACCGACCUCUCUUUCGUGAUCGCUACCGGCUAUGCAGUCUUCUUGACCUUGAUCGCCGUCGGCCGCUCCAUCAACCAUCGCGUCGCGUACGGUCUUCCGCGGCCCGUCGAUCUCACCGAGGAGGUGGUCAUCGUGACUGGCGGCGCCAGCGGCCUGGGUCAGGUGAUCGCGCGCAUGUACGCUAUGCGGGGGGCGAGCGUCGCUGUCUUGGAUAUCAAACCCCGUGAGGAGAUAAGUGAUGAUGAGAUGAGCGGUGGGGCUGAGUAUUACUGUUGCGAUGUGGGGGAUCGGGCGAUGGUGGAGGCAACAGUUGACCAAAUUGAGAAAGAGCUAGGAACACCCACCAUCCUAAUUAACUGCGCCGCGGCUAGCAUAAACGGCCUCCCCCUCCUCUCCCUCCCCGCCUCCUCCUUCCAGAAAACCCUCUCCACCAAUCUCUUCUCCGUACUCAAUACAACCCAAGUCUGUCUCCCGCGCAUGCUCUCACCCUCAUCCUCACCGUCCGACAACGAAGACACAGAAGCCCGAGGGGGAGGAACCAUCGUCAACAUCUCCUCCGUAACAGGCGCCCUCUGCCCCGCAGGUCUAUCAGACUACUCCGCCAGCAAAUCCGCCCUCACGGCCCUCCACCACACGCUCGAAGCCGAGAUCCGCGCAUCCGGCACCAACGGCCGCAUCAAGAUGCUCCUCGUCGAGACGGGGCAGAUCGCGACGCCGCUGUUCCGCGCUGUGCGCACCCCGAACGCGUUUUUCGCCCCCGUGCUGGAGCCUGUGCAGGUCGCGCGCGCUAUCGUCGAUGCGGUUGAUGCGGGGGAGGGCGGUACCGUGAGGUUGCCGUUUUUUGCGUCGCUUGUGCAUUGGUAUGCGGUUUUGCCGGCGGGGGUGCAGAGGGUUGCGAGGUGGUUGAGUGGGAUUGAUGGGGCCGUUGCUGAGGCGGGGUUUGAGGGGGGUUUGAGGGGUGUCUGA